AUGGGCUUUCUACUCCCAAAGGCAGGGGUCCGGAGGCCAAUUGUUGCCCUGGUUUUCAUUGUCAUUUUCAUCAUGGGCGGCCAACGACUCUUUCCGUCAAUACCACGGCGCAUACAGCAACAAUUUUAUGGACCGCCAGGGUACUCCUCGUCUCAAGGACAGCCUUCCCUUGUUGCAGAAGAUGCAGUGAUUCUCUCCAACUUUACAGCCGGAACUCCCAAGCCUCCCGGAUCGAACUACACAAGAACCCUUGUCGUCCCCCGAUUAUCGAAAGAAAAGGUCGACUGGAUCGACGAACGAUUUUCGGACAUCAACCAGGAGAUAUAUGUCGUUGACGACCUGCAUUCGCUUCCCAAAACUCCAAAGAAUAAAGGUCGUGAAGCCAUGGUAUAUCUAACAUACCUAAUCGACAACUACGACAAUUUGCCAGACAUCAUACUAUUCAUGCACUCGCAUAAACUUGCGUGGCACAACGAAGAGCCGUUAAACUACGAUGCGAAUGAGAUGAUAAAGAGGCUAAGCAAUGAGCGAGUCAUGAGAGACGGGUUUAUGAACUUGCGGUGCAAUUGGGCUCCCGGGUGUCCUGACUGGUUACAUCCCAAAUCCACCGAGGAAGACCCCGAAAAGCCAGAACAGCCGAUAGUUGCAAACGGAUGGAGGGAAAUAUUCCCCUCACAGCCGGUUCCAGAGAUUCUCGGCGGACAAUGCUGUGCACAGUUUGCAAUCUCUCGUGAAAGAGUGUUGGCUGUCCCCAAGUCACACUUUGUCUACUACCGCGACUGGCUCCUUCGCACCAAGCUAGACGAUUUCUACUCUGGCCGUGUCUGGGAAUAUCUCUGGCACGUUAUAUUUACUGGGCAGAAUGUCUACUGCCCGGCCGAGCGGGCAUGCUUCUGUGACGGAUACGGCCUAUGCUUUAAAGACGAUGAGCCAUACCUCGAGUUUAAGAAGCUGGGCUCCGUGCUCUUUGGACUCAGACAAGAAUUAUCAAACUGGCACAAGAAGGCCAACGCGAUCAAGAAGGCGAGAAAAGAGCGGAACUUUGCGGCCCUUCUAGAGCUAGAAGUUCCCGCUAAGGGGAGGAAUACAGAAUUAGAGCUAGAGAUCGAGCAGAAGAACGUCGUGUACGGGGGUAUAAGAGAGAAGGCGUUCAAAGGGGGCAGGAUCCCCGUGUACGUGCCUGGGUUGCCGGCCGGCCUUGGAAAGAAGGCGACGGGUUUUGAGCUGACCGCUCUCCUUCGCAUAUAG